ACUCAGCCGUCGCCGGCGCGGCAGGCAGCCAGUUGGCACUGCUCGCACCGACUCGGCGGCGGCCCGGCACACACCUCUCCUCCGCCCGCAGCGUCCCGGUACACACCGAGUGAGGUUCAGAGGCGGACAGAGUGGUGCCUACAGGUGUCGACAUGUGGAAGUGUGUGCUGGUUCUGCUGGUCGUCAGCGCCUCAGUGAGCGCGCUCAAGUGUGUCCAGUGCUCCACCAAAGACGCGCCGGAAUGCAUGGACCCGAUGAAUGAGACCGACAUCAAGCGCAACACGGUGGCCUGCGCCAGUCGUCAGCUCUGCAGGAAAAUCACCUUCACUGAGAAUGGAAAGUCACACGUGAACCGAGACUGCGCGGAGAUCGCCAAAGACGACAAGGUUGGCUGCAGCUGGGAGAUCCGCGUCAACUCGAAAAUCGGCUCCGGCUGGGAUUGCUUCUGCGACGAGGACGUCUGCAACUCGGCGCCGGCGGCGGCCGUCGGCGGCCUGCUGCUGCUGCUGGCCGCGGCCCUCACCGCCGCGGCGCAGUGACACCUGGUGGCGGUGGAAUAAAGCUGCAGUGUGCUUUCCCGCCGCUGAUGGCGUGAUGCAGCUUCUGUGCUGUUAACUCGAGUGGUUGUGUGCCUUGACCGUAGUUGAGGCGUCUGUCUUGCAGUUGCAAAGAAACUGUUUGUGCCUGGUAGCAACAUUUCAGUUAUCUAUGUUCUAUGUAACUAUCUUUAUAUUUUUCAAAUAGUAGUUGGCUGACGAACACCCACUGGCGGACCGAGGGGUAGGGGAGGGGUGACCGGGCCAAAGUCAGGCCUAGGAGCGGUCAAAAUGUGAUCUGGCCCUCCCUUUCCAAAUACAACUGAACCCUUUAAAAGCUCUUCUCCACCACAAUUGACAAAAGAUGACAUACAUAUGCGUAAGAUGAAUAAAUAAAACUUAAUUUACAAAGACAAUUAGUCUCAGUAAGGUCCCAAUACCUAUGUCAAAAUCCGAAGACCUUUGAUGACCCUCGGAGACCUCUUGACCUAAUCGCAAAAUUUUUCCCUGAUUUUUCUUAUAUGUUUCUACUACUCUUACCGCGUGUCGCCACGUGGCCCAGAAUCCAGAUGCAGAAUUGGAGGGAAGGGACAUACAAGGCGCUCCACUCGCCGCGAUGUGUUACAAACAACAACCACCCAAGGAGGAGUGGGGAUAAUCAGUACACCCCGCAAUCCAUUAUGUAGAGACGAAAAAGUGGCCGGUUUGGGCCCCUUCAUUUGAAAAUGGGUGGAUCCGCCGGUGGGGGCUUCGUCGUUCGCCAACUACCAUACCUACCUACACAUAAGCAAUAAGCAUAUAGCGUGGCCGGUACAUUUUUGCUACCGUUUUGCCUAAAUACGGUAGGCCUAGAUGCCUAAUAACCAGUCCAUAAUACUGCAUUUUAGGACGCUAAGGGCGGUGUAUCCAAAGACACUAGCAAGACGUUUUAUUCAAUAAAAUGUAUCAUAUCCCACA